AUGCACGACGUUGUAAACAUCGUGGAGCUUCUCGCCCGCCGCGCAUAUAUAGAGUACUGCAUGGGCAUGCGCAACAUAGGCAAUCUCCCCACGCUCACAAAGAUCAACGUCUUCCGGGGUCUCUUUCGCAACGCCGAAAUCCUAGGCAGCACAGCCGAGUGUAUCGCCUACGAUGCCAUGUCGUCCGCGACGGCCUACGCACCGACGCCGAGUGGCUCCAUAUCCCUGUCCUGUCCCGACAGUCUGAAGCCGACAGACCUGCAGCGCAGCACGAAGCAUAACCCGUGGAUCGACCUGUUUCCUCUGCCGCGCAUGCGCGAUAACUGCAUUUUUGCCUUUCACGGGCCGGACCCUCUGGACAAUGAUGACCUGCGUAGCGACGUUCUCGAGGUUGGGCUUGAUGCCCCCUCGGCAGCGGACAUGCAAUUGCUUGUUUGGGGGAACCCGUGGGAUCCUCGGAACUGGGAGGUCAGCGAGGCGUUUGUGAAGAAGUGGGGGAUGUUGCUGCGUGGGUGCGACGAGAUUCUCCAGUCGACGAAUUACUGGAGGCAGAUGAGGGGGGAGAAGAAACUAGCGAUAGAGUAUUCCGCAUGA